AUGCCAUGUGCCGGGGCGGGCGGGCGGGCGCCGGAGGUGGAUGCGGCGUCGCGCCCACGGACGGAGCUAAGUUUCCAGCAAGGUGUGCUCGCAAAGGCAAGCACAGGCAUGAGGAGGGAAACGCCUCCGGCGGCCCUCCCCAGAGCCCCCACAGGAGCGCAAAUGCGAGCCACCGGGUUGGCGGGAGGGAGGGAGACGGAGAGUCUGGAGCAUCACGAUGGCGCGGCGUGGUCGUCGUCCGGGGCCGCCGCCGCCCGUGCUCGGCUGUGCUCUGCUCCACGUUCAGCACGCUCCCGUCAUCAUCAUCCCGCGCCCGCAACGCGAGCCGUCCGGACUCUCCAGACAAAUCAAGAGGCAUUUUGCGGUCCAGUCAUGCGGGCAGUCGCUCCCUUGAAAGGGAAUGCGUGA